UUUGAACCAUAAACCACGCAACACAUUGCAUUAUAUCAAAUAAACAAAAUAACAUUGUUUUUAGCAAUUAAAUAGGUGCACUUUAAGCUGUCAGCAAACUUCACCAGUUCAAAAAGAUUGAAUAUACUGUUUUGUUUAGCUUUUCCCCAUGUCGCUGUCCAUGGUGCUGCACAGACCGACUCUCCUGUGCUGUUUUUGUUCUGUUUAUUGUUGAUCUUUACUAUAAACAUGCAGUUUGGCAACGUAUAUAACAUUGUAUCCGUGCUUGUUUCACGCUCCAGUAGAAUGUUAGUUUAGUUUGACGUUUAAAGAUCAUGACAUCCAUAUGAAAACUGUUUAGUCCAGAUUCCACUUAAUCAUGUGAGAGCAUUGGCAUCUAAACCUGAUGCUGAAGACCCAUGGCACUGUACAUUUUGGUUUUGUAUUUUGCUUAAAGCGUGAUUCAAAUUAUAAGCACUUUAGCAGAGAGAAUAAUCUUAAUGUGUUCUUCAAGAAAAACAUACAAAAUGUGCAAUUCUAUGGGUCCAGGUCCAGGAAUAAAAAUCACAGUUAAAGCAUUAAAUUAUUUGCAGUUUCUUAAAAUAACUCAUAGUGUCGCUGUUCACCAGUGAAACCUUUGGUAUUUAUUGUGGUUUUCUCAACCCCGAUUGUGAUGUCAUGCGUAUGGCUUGCACCUCCUUCUUUAUAGGAAAUCUUCAGCGGUGACGGGUUACCUAAACUGCGGCUUUCCCCUCAUGCUGUAAUCUUACAUUCUGUUUCUUUUAUGUGUCGAAUGUUUUUCAUGGAUUGUAGUGUAAACAUUCUCUAUGGAUUUUAAAAGCUUCAGCGUUAUUGGUCAGAUGUUUGGCUUUGUGUUUUUCGUGCUUAUGGCGCACAGCGCUACUGGAGACGUGAGCUAUUCUUUUCCAGAGGAGAUGAAGCGCGGAUCUGUGAUUGGAAAUAUAGCCAAAGAUCUUGGGCUCGAAGUGAAAAGACUGUCAUCUCGCAAGGCUCGCAUUGAUAUUGAAGUUAACGACAAACAAUUUUGCGAUAUUAAUCUGAAUACUGGAGAACUGAUCACGGCGGAAAGGAUCGACAGAGAGGCGCUUUGUGAAAGGAAAGCUUCAUGCGUUAUAAAACAAGAGCUCGUGCUAGAGAAUCCUUUAGAGCUCCAUCGCUUUAUUCUGAAUAUUCAGGAUAUAAAUGAUAAUUCACCACAGUUUAAAGAAAAUGUUAUUAAAUUAGAAAUAAGUGAAUCAGCAAUCAAAGGAUCUCGUUACUUAUUAGAUGGGGCCCAUGAUCCGGAUAUUGGUGUAAACUCGGUGCAGACAUAUACCUUACAAAACAAUGAUCACUUUAUUUUGAAUGUAGUUUCCCGUGAACAUGGAAGGAAAUAUGGAGAGCUCGUGCUGAAUAAAGAAUUGGAUCGUGAGCAGCAGAAAGAGGUGACUUUAAUUCUUACUGCGGUUGAUGGUGGUACUCCACCGAGAUCAGGUACUGUAGCCAUACACGUCACUGUGCUAGAUGCUAAUGAUAAUGCUCCAGUCUUUAUUCAGGCCGUCUAUAAAGUCAGUCUGCCUGAAAAUUCUCCUGUAGAUACUGUAGUGGUUACAGUGAGCGCUACUGAUGCUGACGAGGGCCAAAACGGAGCGGUGACUUAUGAAUUUGGUCAUUUGUCAGAAACGCUUCUUAAUACGUUUUCUCUGGAUCCCGUGUCUGGUGAGAUUAAACUAGCGGGAUUCAUUGAUUAUGAAAAAGCUAGUUCAGUUGAACUUCCGAUUCGAGCUAAAGACGGUCAAGGUUUGGCCACUUAUUCUACUGUUCUUAUUAAUGUUGUUGAUGUCAAUGAUAACGUUCCUGUUAUAAUAAUUAAAUCUUUGAAUAGCCCCGUUCCCGAGAAUGCGUCACCCGGUACAGAGGUUGGCAUCAUUAAUGUGCAGGACAGAGACUCUGAGAAUAACGGACAGGUGCGCUGCUCCAUUCAUCAAAACGUCCCAUUUAAACUCGUACCUUCAAUCAAAAAUUAUUAUUCUCUAGUGACCACAGGUGAAUUAGACCGCGAGUUAGUGUCUGAUUAUAAUAUCACAAUUACUGCUACUGAUGAGGGAACUCCAUCUUUAUCUUCCACUAAGAAUAUUCACUUCACUGUAGCUGACGUGAAUGAUAAUCCACCUGUAUUUGAAGAGCAGAAUUACAGAGCUCACGUGCAAGAAAAUAACAAACCGGGCUCCUCUAUUUGUUCAGUUUCAGCUACAGACCCGGACUGGAGACAGAAUGGCACUGUAGUUUAUUCUCUGUUACCUUCUGAUGUCAAUGGCACCCCGGUUUCCUCGUUUUUAUCCGUUAACGGAGACACCGGUGUCAUUCAUGCCGUGAGGUCGUUUGAUUACGAGCAGUUGAAAAGUUUUAAAGUGCUGGUGUUAGCCAGAGAUAACGGUUCUCCUCCUCUGAGCAGUAACGUUACAGUGAGUGUCUCCAUAACGGAUGAGAAUGACAACACCCCUCAGAUAUUAUACCCCUCUCCGGACGGAAACUCUUUCAUGACCGAGAUGGUACCCAAAGUUGCGCAGGCGGGAUCCCUGGUGUCCAAGGUGAUCGCCGUGGAUGCAGAUUCUGGACAGAACGCGUGGCUCUCCUAUCACAUUAUUAAAGCUAGUGAUCCUGGACUUUUCACCAUCGGUGUCCACAGCGGGGAGAUCAGGACACAGCGAGACCUUUCUGAAUCUGACAGCAUGAAACAGAACCUUAUUGUCUCUGUGAGAGAUAACGGACAACCCACCCUAUCUGCCACGUGCGCAUUGUAUUUACUUAUAUCUGAUAACUUGGCUGAAGUUCCAGAACUGAAAGACAUGUCUCAUGACGAUAGGAACUCUAAACUCACUUUUUAUUUGAUCAUCGCGCUGGUGUCCGUUUCCACAUUCUUCUUCACUUUUAUUAUCAUCAUCCUGGCCGUGAGGUUUUGUCGCAGGAGAAAGCCCAGACUUUUGUUUGAUGGAGCUGUAGCCAUUCCCAGCGCGUACCUACCUCCAAAUUACGCAGAGGUGGAGGGCGCGGGAACGCUCCGCAGCGCUUACAAUUAUGACGCAUACCUCACCACGGGCUCACGCACGAGUGAUUUCAAGUUCGUCAGAUCUUAUAAUGAAGGCACGAUGACUCCUGACCUGACGCUGAAAAAGACUCCGUCUUCUGUAGAUGAUCUUGAAGGGCUUGAUUCGAAAAUUAGUGAUUCAUUUCAGCAAAAGCCGCCCAGCGCUGACUGGCGUUUCACUCAGAACCAGAGACCGGGACCCAGCGGGGCUGCUGCCACUCCUGAGGUUGCCAUGGGAACAGGACCUUGGCCCAACCCCCCCACUGAGGCCGAGCAGCUCCAGGCAUUGAUGGCCGCUGCUAAUGAGGUGAGCGAGGCGACCAACACUCUGACUCCGGGCACCAUGGGUCUGAGCACCCGCUACAGCCCUCAGUUCACCCUCCAGCACGUGCCUGACUACCGGCAGAACGUCUACAUCCCCGGCAGCACGGCCACCCUCACCGCCAACCCUCAGCAGCCCCAACAAGCCCUGCCUCCCUCGCAGGCCUCUCCUGACGAACCUGAGCCGCCCAAGGCCGCCCAGACCCCGGCCAGCAAGAAGAAAUCUGCAAAGAAGGAAAAGAAGUAGAUUAAACGGAGUAGGCGUGUGGAAAUCUUCAGUAACUAGUCAAAUUAAGAGAUAGAUAAAUAUUAGGGUAAAAACGCAGUAUGUCAAAGUGAACCGACCUCUCAGAUGUAUCUAACCUUUGUUAUCUGUAGCGAUCUGUUUUACGCAUGUGUUUUUUUUUACUUUAUGUGUGUUUACAGCACAUGUACUUUAAAGUCAUUUUCACACCGAAAUACCAUUUUCUUUCAUUUUUAGCUGAAUGUGAUGGUCAUUUAGAGAGAAACUGUUUUAUAUUUUCACUUUGCCAAGUUUAUGCAACUUCCAAGUGACACUAUAUUUCCGCGUAUAUCUAGCCAAUAAUGUAUGUCACCGCAGUACUUUACCAUGGGAGUUAUGGAAAAGGAAAUGUGUUGUUGUAACAAUCAUGUUAUUGUUUACACAGACUCGUGAGUUUAGAUACUGUUGCAACGUUUGUAAAAUGUAUCAUGAAUAUUUUAUUAUUUUUCCUUGUUUUUUUUUAAGACAUGUUACCUAAAAUACCACUAGGCUACUCAAAAUCUAAAUAUUGAGGUAUAAGAAAUGUUGCCAUAUUCAGGUGAGCAUUACUGCAUGCUGUCCUAUAGAUAAUCUUACGGUCAUCGAUUAAAACAUUUAAGAUCUUCUUUUUUUACAACAAAUCCCCUGUGUAUCUCUGAGCCAGAGUUUGUUGUUUUUUUUUGUUACCUGAAUGUUUUUGGAGCAGUAGCGACUGUCGUCCGAGCCGUGACAGGCGAGUUAGUUUUCUCUGAAUCCAUUAGCACACCAUUGGCUCUAUCCUCUGAAGUAUUCAGUAUUUUCUGGUUAUCCUAAAGUGUUGAAACUCUCUCUUUAUCAGUGCUGGUUAUAGUUAGAUGAGUUGGUAAUACUACUCAUCAGUAGCUGCUGUUAUGAAAAGUGCUGAAUCUAUCCAUUUAUGAUGGAGCCUUCCUGUAGUGACACCAAGCUUACGAUCGACUCUUCCGAUUCUUAUUGAUCUGUGCAGGGUGUAUACAGUAAUGCAGAUCACUAAGUUUUGGAGUAGAGUGUUUAACAGGAGGACAAUCUUAAAAUGUCUGAAUGUACAGCAGAGACAGCUUUAAUACCGGUAUGAAAUAAUAUUUAGCAAAACAUACACUCCAUUCAAAUCCAAGUACUGAUUCACUUCGUAUCUUCAGCAUGAUGCUCAUGUAAAUAGUCAUUCGCCCUUAAUAACGCAUGCAAGCGUUUAAGAUAAGCAGUUUGAGGCAAGCUGCUCUGUACUGGAAUUUCACAGCUUGUUUUUCCGAUAAAAAGGGAAGAACUUGAAACACCCAGUAUGUGUUACCAGUGUAGUUCUUUAGCACUAUGAAGGGCAACUAACGCACCUGUAAAUAAAGAGUUUAACUUUUACUUAUAGUGACACAAUCUUAGUCUAGAAGUUGUGAUGUUCUGCAUAUAUUUUUGUGUUCAUCUUUAUUUUCCUGUCUGACUUUCCAUGAAAAGACACAAAAUGGAGGCCGAACCGUCCAAACUCCUCCGCUAUAAUUUUGUGUUUUUGUGACGUGCGAAUGCUUCUCAAUGUCUAUAUGAAGAAACUGAAUAGUUCUAUUAUCUGUGUGUGUAUGUCUGCUGAUGCUAUAAACCUGCUGUAACAUCUUUAAGACGCUUUGAUUUCCUGAGCUCUUGUGUGCUACUUGCAUUUUAUAUGCUAAUAUUUAUAUUGCUGUUUUAUUUUUCUUUCUUGGACACUGACAUUUCAAAUAAAAAGUUCUCAAAUCGUUAAGAA